GUGUAUUUUGAUUCUCUCUCCCUCUCUAAAAAAACUUUCUUUCUCUCACUCUAUUUAUAAAUUCGGUCUUUAACUGCUUGCUUUCUCUCCUUUCCUCCCUCCCUCUCUUGUAUACUUUAAAUUGAUUUACUUCUCUUUUUCCCCCUUUAUUUCUUUGUUGUUAUUCAUUCAGCUAUAUAUACAUGUAGAUUGAAUUUUUAUCUCUUCUUUGUGAGGUUUGAUCCAUAGGUAAAAUAGAUAUUUGCUAAAGUUUUCUUUUUUCUCUUCAUUCAACAAGAUGUCACUUAUGCCAAAUCAGAUUCAGGAAUACAAUGGACAUAAGGGUAUCUGGAUGUAUGAAUGCAUCCGCUGUAAAAAGAGCUUCUCUUCAAGCCAGGCCAUAGCAGGCCAUACCAGGUGUCACUUUAAGGAUGGGUGGGUUAAAGGAACAACCCAAAAUAAAAAGUUUGUGAAACUUUCUGAUUUUCAAGAGCAGCUAGAUUCUGCUACUAUUUUAACAAUUUCCAACCAACAUGUUGUUUCUGCAACAACAUAUGAAAAUACACCCUCAAAUUCUCAUCAAUUGCCUAAUAGGGGUGUGCAGAUUAUUGAAAGCCUGGCAGCUCGGCCUUCGCCUCAAGGUUUGUCCAGCAGACGACCACGGGCCCUUACGCAUCCUUUCAAGAUUCGUGAUUUGAUGGUACUAGCUAGGAUCAGAGAUAUUCUUACUGGAAAGAAGCAAGAAGCCAUUUCACGUAUUCUUUCUAGUGCUAUAGAUCAGGUAAAAGAAUCAAGGAAGAAGACAACUGAGGUGGAUGUGAUCACCAUUGAAGACUCGGAUGAUGAGUCCAAAACUAUCUGAUCAUAUGGUUAAAGCAUAUGAUGUAGUUUCUGUAUUAUUUCUUCUUAAUUAAGGUUUUAAAGACUGUUAUCAAAAUGUUACUAAGUGUCAUAUUAAAUAUGAGGAAAAUAUGAUGUAGUUGCUUUUUUAUAUCAUCUAGGAGUACGAGGUUGUCCCUUUA